CUCACUCAAUUCCCUUUUUUGUUAAAUGACCCGGACUCGGUACAUACCACUCGAACUUUAUUGAAGAGAUCUGAAUUAGGGUGAUUUUCUCACGUCACAUUAUGUGGAAUGAAUCGCAAGAACUAUUCUCAAAAAAUAUAAUGUUACUUAUCUUAGUCAAGAAUAUUUCAAGUGAAUUGCAUAGAGAACCUCUCUUUUCAUAUUGAUCAAGAAAACUCUGAAGUUUCGCUGUGCCCUACUACGAAAUUUUAAAUUCCAUCAGCAUCCCACCUCAGAUCUACUCUACUCUAACAUUGAUAUUAUGAGAUAAAAUGAAUUAUUCUACGUACAUUAUUAGAUAAUAUUUCAGAUUAGAAAAAAAGCUAGGAACACGUUCUAGUUUGAUUCAUCUAUUUCGAAAGUUGAAUUACGCUAAUCGAGUUCAAUCCAUUCACCUUGCGUGUGCAUACUGUUUCAAAUAACAAUGUAAUUGAUAGCAGCAACAAUGGGAUGGCUCGCAGUAUUGACGAUUGCAGCGGUAGUUGGAUCAAUUUCAUGUGUUGAGAAUUACCAUUACAACAAUUUCGGAAAUGGACUACAGGGAGGCAAUUUCAACGCAUUCAAAAAAUUUCCAAAUUUUGGAUCAAUUCAGCAGCCUUCUGGUCAUUGGCAUUACACAGAUGAUGACGAAGAUGACCUCGAAGAAGAAAACACACUGCCUGUUGACGAGAAUGAAGAGACUGAUUCUAACCCAGAAGUUGAUGGUAACAACUCAAACUUCGUAGUUGGUGACGAACAAGAUAACACCGACCCAGAUGACAACGACCAAGAUGACUUCGAUCAAGAUGACUUCGAUCAAGAUUUUGGAUUGGAUGAAAUUCAAAUUGAUGCUCGAGGAAGGAAUGGAGGUCUUGGUGCUUUAUCCUCACUACCUGCUUUGAAGAACCAGCUGAAAUCAAUAUCAAAUAGUUUAGUCAAUAGGAAACUACAGAAUGGUCAAUCUAAUGACAAUACUCCAAUUGAUGCAUUCAAUGAUCCGACUGAGGAGACCUCAUUGAUCACAGGGAGUUCUGGAGACAGUUCUGACUUUUCUCAACUAGGGAGUCAAACUGAGUCAGGAGAUACUUCGAAUCUAUUUGGAGGACUAUUGGCGGCCGCAAUUCCCACACUCUUGUCGAAUGGUUUGAAUAAAGCGAGUUCAAGUGCUGGUUCUUCUCAAAAUGAAGGGCUUAAAAACCCAGGAGAUAUUUCAAAUCUAUUUAGAGAACUAUUGGGGAGUGCAAUUUUGUCGAAUAAAGGAAGUCUGGGACAGGAUGUAGGUCGUAGCUCUUCUCGAAAUAGGGGUCAAUCUAAUAAGUUAACUGGAGAAGUAUCUAAUUUGAUUGCUGGAUUACUAGGAUCCUCAAUAGGCCUCCCAAAAGAGGCAGUAUCUAAUGGUUUGAAUAAAGGAAUCUCAAAGAUCGGUAAUAUUAGAAACAAUGUACUUGAUUUCAGAGAUCGAGCACUUGAUAGACGUGUGGGCAUAGCUCAACGUAAUCAACUCAACCAAUUUGACCCAAGAUUUCAAGCUUCUUUGUCAAAAAGUGAUCAUGUACUUGGUGAUGAUCAGUUGACUUGGAAUAAGGUGGCAAAUUUAGUUACAAAAUUCCAACCCAGUUCAGCUGAAGCUCAACAGAGUAAGCUGGGUACCUCGUCUCUGAAAAACAGUAUUCUUGGGCUUUUGGGAAGCACAAAAGGAGCCGUAACAACGAUUAAGGGUGCGGGUGAGAGUAGUGAUAAUUCUGGAACAAAGAGAAAUGAAGAUAACCAAUCAGUGAUAAGUGGUUUUCUUGGUUUCCUGGGCAACGCAGUUACAUCUUCAAGUGGUAAUAAAGGAAGGGGAAGUGAUAACAAUAGCAACGAUGAUUCUAACAAAGGUGGAAGAUUUCAAUUUUUGACCAAUGCAAAGAAUUUUGUCACCAACCCUGUCGAUUUUGUGGAGAGAAGAAUAAGAAAUAAGAUCAAGAAAAAAAUAAAAAACGAAAUCAAACAAUGCGUGGGAGAUCUCAGUAACAGAGUUGUUCAAUUCAAGAGUAAUAUGACUGGUUUAGCUGGUGGAGUGGUAGAAAGCUUCAUACAAAAACCAUCUCAAAAUACAAACAAAAACUGUUUGAAAAUUCUGACAGGACCACAAGCUCACCAAUUGUAUUUGAACGGGAAACAUAUUCCUGAAUCGCGGAUAAUCUAUGUUGAUAAACUGUAUCCAUUGGAUUUCAAUAGUUGUCCAGUCAAUCACCAGAAUGAAGUACUGAGGAACUGCUUGCUCAAAGGUAAUGUCCUCGUCCUGAGUCAACCCGAUAAAGUCAAAGUGGAGGAAGAGCAUGGCCGUCAAUUGGAAAUGAUAAUCGCAAAAGAUGUCAUCAAAGACAGGUUGAAUGGUUUGGUGGAUACAUUUUUCCAGAAUUUCGGAAGACAAUUCAUAAAAGGAGUACACAUUUUCAGGGGUGAUGGCAACGAAUAGAGACUAUGGAUACUGUAAUGUGCAUUUAUUAGCAAUAAUCAGUGCCAUACCUAAUAAUCCGGCUACUAUUAUUAUUCAUGGAUCGAUUAAAAAAUUGUGCUACUCCAUUGCUGCGAAAAGUCACUUCCCUCGUCACUCGCAUUAUUCCAGUUAUACGUUUCAUCCACACCCAUGUCAUAUUUCUCACACAAUUUUUCUCCAUUAAUCAAAUUUCGGAUGAAAAAUACUUAUAUCAGUGGAGGAAACGAGUUGGUACCCUUCUUGAAUAGCUGAAUGUUGAUCAAAAACGUCUUUCCAAGCCAAUAAAUUUAUAAUCAUGCUGUAACAAAAAAUUUAAAAAAUCAAAUAAGUGUUAAUAUUCAUCUUCAAAGUAGGUACAGCAAUAAAUUGAGUAUUAUGAUGGUUGCGUUGCCUAUGCCGGAUGUUUUCCUUAUGAUUGUAAUCAACAAAAUAUUUGAAAAUUUAGAAAUUUAUAUAAUUUAUUUCUUUUACAUAAAAUUCCAUAAA